AUGAAUAACAAAGAAAAAGGGUUUCAAGGGUUGAUGGACGCAGAAGAAGAGGAGAAGAUCAAUGUAAUCGAAUUCAUCAAAUCCAUGGAUCAAAUCAAAAUUGCGGAUUUAGAAAAAUUGUAAGUUUGAAAAAGUUCUUACAUUUUUUGCUCGAUUCUUAGUGUUAUUACAGACUUAGCACGGCAGACUAGUUUUAAUCUUAGAUCUCAGCACGAGCAUAUUCUUGAGCAUGGUCAUGAAUAUGAGUUUGAAUUUGAGAUUGAAUUUGAGCUUGAGCAUGAGCUUGCGCGUGAGCUUGUGCUUGAGCAUGAGCUUGCGUUUGAGCUUGGGAUUGAGCUUCAGAGCUUGUGCUUGAAGUCUUAGCUCUAAACCUACUUAGAAUUACUUUUAUUCUAGCCUAGACCUGAAUAUAAGCUGACUGGGCUUGGCCCGGCCACGAGGGCAGAAAUCCAAACCAAGGCCCGAAACAUUGGGCCCAGCUCGGUUUUUAUACAUGUCCAUCCUAGCCUAAUCAUACCCUUUCUUUUAGUCUUACAUUAUUGUAGAUUUUCAGUACGAACGAUCCUUAUAGGUCAGUCUAAUCUCAUGGUAACCCCAUACUAGCACAGAUCACUCUUUCCUCAGUUUGUUUUUCAAAGUUGCAACAAAAUUUUAAAUUUUAAAAUUUUGACUAAAGUUUUUAAAUUAUUUCGUUAUUUUCCAAAAAAUUUUAAUUGUUAUUUUGUGUUACUGUAACAUUUUCCUUAGUUUAAUAUACAAGAACGGGUAUAAAUUAAUUAAGCAGUUUGCUAUGGAAACGGUUGUGGAAUUGUAUAAUUGAAUAAAUUGCUAAAUUUAAAUUCAACAUUUUCGACGCUAGGUCUUGUUUUUUCUUGCUUUUGCCACUUUUUAUGAGAUCGAGGAAGGAAGUCUUCCUUGACAUUUUGUGUUGUAAAGAAAGUUUCUGGGACUAUUUAGUUUUGUAAAAAGAAUUAUUGUGAUUAACUGUUUUUGUAAAUUAAGUUUUUGUCGUUUUCAUUGAUUUCAACGCUGGUAAUUUAAAUUUAGCGGUGUGCAGGCUGCGGGCGCCAAGUUAUACGAAGCAUGAGCAAAUUUUAAGAUUUUUUGUUUUGUAAACAAAGUUAUUGCCAGUUUUGGAUUGAAAAGUAAAGUUUUUACCAUUCUUUGAUUUGUAAAGAAAGUUCUUGCCAUUUAUUAGUUUGUAAACAAAGUUCUUGCCAUUUUGAGUUUUUCAAAGAAAGUUCUUGCUAUUUUUCGUUUUGUAAAGAAAGUUCUCGCCAUUGUUUGCUUUGUAAAGAAAGUUUUUGUCAUUUUUUGUUUUGUAAACAAAGUUCUUGCCAUUUAUUAGCUUGUAAAGAAAGUUCUUGCUAUUUUUCCUACUUUUUGCAGCUAAAACGUCAUUUUUAUUUCGUGAGCACAAAAAUAUGACAUACUUUAAAUUCGGUGUUAAAUUUAACGGCUGACUGAUUUUUCAAAUUUCAAACAUUUUAUGGAAGUUUAAAAGUUAAAAAGGCGUUCAAAAUGUGAAAAUAUUAGUUUUAGAAUUCGUGGCGUUGUAAACUGACAUUAAAUUGUAGUUACAGUGGGUGUGGGAUUGAUAUCGCCACGCGAUAUGUUCAAAACUAGUGGUAUGGCUUUUGGGAUUAAGUUUUUUCUAGUAUAAGGUCGUGUUUCUCAGCUGUUGAGGUUUACGUUGCCUUGUCUUGCCUUGCCUUAGGCCCUAGUCCAGAGCUUUAGCCAGAGCCGUAGCCCAGAGCCCUAACUUAGACCCUUAGCCUUGCUCCUAGGUUUAGUUUUAUCUCUAGCCUUAGCCUUAUAAUCUAGUCUUGGCUCACGACUAGCUCGGACUUAUCUAACGCCUAGCCUUGACUUUAGCAGUAGUCUUAACCCUAGUCCUAGCUAGUCCUAGUCCAAGUUUAACCUAAGCUAUGGCUCUUUGCUAGGGUUGGACUUUUACCAGUAAAUUGAUUUUUCGGUAAAAAAGCAGGUAAAUUUACCGGUUUUUCCCUACUCUUUGCCUAACCUGUCUAGCUUUUCAAGCCUCUUAGCUUGUGUAGCCUGUUCAGCUGGUCUAAAGUGUUUUGAUAUAGGCCUAGCCCUAGCUCAAGCCUUUGCAUUGUCUUUGUUUUAAAGCUAGUCUUAUUUUUUCCUUUUUAUAUUUUUCUUAUCAAUUAUAACACUAAAAUACAAAAAUCUAUUACUUUCAGACCCCUCUCCGAGCUGAAGCAAAUAAAAAACGAAACCAAGAAGGAGAUGAACGGACCUCGGAAGUUUUUGCAACGAAAAAGUCGCGAAGAGUCUCCUUCCAACAACAGCACCCAAAGUGAGGAUCCCAACUCAACAGUCUGGAGGAAACAUUCGGCCGAAGUGAAAACAUCACUACGAAAAAUGGCAUUCAAAAACCAUCGACAAGAAACGUUUCACUCAUUGGCCAUGUGCAGUGAUAAUGGCGGGGAUAACAUGGUAAGUAUCCUACCCUACCCUACCCUACCCUCCCCUACCCUACCCUACUUUGGAAUUGCGGUCUUACAUUUGUUGACCAGACCGACAGCCGCCUCCGAAUCUGCCCUCCCCUGCCUUACCUUUAUCUAAACUACUCUAUCUUACCCUAACCUACCGUAUCUACCCUAUCUUACUUCACCCUUAUUCACAGUACAUUUCUUAUCCUACCUUUCUCUAAUCCUCAUUCCCAUUUCAGUGCAUGGAAACAGCCAACUCAUCAUCAGCCGCCUCUCUAAAUGAAGACUUCAUGAGGAUGCCUUAUGUUGAAGCUGGUCGAGUAAGUACGAAUGGUCGAUCGUUAGACUCGGCUCCUUCACCGCCAAACCCAACCCAAACCAAGUCGGUCAAUAAUGGGAAUCGACGAGUUUUGCACACCAUCGAACAACCAGAUGGGAGUACGAUAGCCUUCUGCACUGAAAUUGAGACCCAGACGACCAAAACGGACGAAAAACAGAAAUAA